CCGUUUUUCAUUAAAUUUUUCAAAAUUUCACCAUCGAAAGCAAAAUCCUGUAUAGAAAUUUGUAACUGGGUAGCAACUACGAACUCGAAACUGCUGAGAACACAACGAAUUCAGUCUCGUGACUCAUGACUUGUAUGACAGACAAAUGUGAGAUACAUAUCAGCUGUGUGUGAGGAGCUGAUAACGCGAACUGACGCGAGUUGAGCGAGUUGACGCGACUAUCGUGUCGCGUGUGCUCUCGCGAUAGUAGCUGAAAGCGGACUGAAAUUUGUUUCAAGAAAUCUUCGACAGGCCUUUGCAGCAUUGACCAGGCAUUUUUGCAGUACCCCUGCCCAGGAUUCGGAAAAGAGAAGUCUAAAACAGCGCCGAAGCAAACUAAUGAAAAGCGAUCAGCGUGGUGUCCUCGGUCUGGUGUAAUUACAUUUACUCUUGCGACGUUUGGUGUUGUGUACUGCCCGUGUCGUGCUUUUCAGAUCAAAAACAUUUGGAAGUAUGAUAGCACGAUUUGCCAAUUUGUACAGAAUUAAUAAUUUUGGCUAUGUGCUAAAGGAGUGUCGUUAUCUUCUGUCAAGUUUUAGGAAAAUAAGUGGUUCGAAGGUUCUAGAUGAAAUCUCUGGGGAUUUCAAAAACAUUAGUGAUGAUGAAUGGGAAAAAAAAUUAUCACCUUUAGAGUUUGCAGUUUGCCGCAAAGCAGGAACAGAACGUCCAAACACUGGAAAGUACAAUUCCUUUUAUGCUUCUGGCACAUACAGUUCUGAAAGCAAAUUUAAUUCUGGUUCUGGAUGGCCUUCUUUUCAUACUGCAAUAACAAACGCUUUAGAAGAAAGACGUGAUGAGAGUCAUGGAAUGGUUCGAACUGAAGUACGAUGUGCUAAGUGUGAUGCUCAUUUGGGCCAUGUUUUUAAGGAUGGUCCUCUUCCCACUGGAGACCGCUACUGUAUCAAUAGUGUUUGUAUGACCUUUGAACCUAAAGAUAACACAACCGAUUAGUAUGCUACAUAUUGAAAGAGAUCUAAAGAAAAAAUGACAAGGCAAUAUAGGUGUUGCAGUAAUCAUGUCAGAAAAUUUGGAAUCUCAAUAAAGUACAGAUAAAGUAACAUUGGUUAUUUCUUAAAUCCAGUAAAAAGUGCCUAACACAAAGCCUUAGCUAAUUCUGAAAUUAGUGAAUAGUAAGUGCAUAUUUUCAUUCAUACUUUAUAUCGGAAGUUUUUGUUUUUUAUGGCAUGUUGUGAUGAAUAUUUAAAGAAACCAUAUAUCAAUAAAACUGUCCACAAU